AUGAUCAUCGGCCGUGACAACAGUCGAUGCCAGUACAUCAUUGAAGAUCCCUACAUUUCGAAGCGUCAUGUCAGACUUUACACUGUCGUUUACGAGGAUGACGACCUUGGCGGAGUCGAGACCCUCGUAUAUGUCGAAGAUCUAUCACAGAACGGCACUUAUUGGAAUGGCUCUACGAUUGGCAGAGGGAACGGCGGCUACUUGCUAAGUGACGGAGAUGUGUUGAGACUCAGUCGCCGCACGAUUCUUACUUUCCAUACGGUGCCAAACAGCUCGUCCAAUGUCAACUUUGAUCUUACGCAGGAGAGAGAGAUGACACUCUUCCGUGGAGAGUAUGUCAUAACCGAUAGAUUGCUGGGGUCGGGUACGUUCGGGAGAGUCUUUAUGGCCAUCGAGCAGCAUGCACGUGCACAGGUUGCUUGCAAAGUUGUUGACUUGCGGAAGAUGACAGGAGGCGCUUUGAGGCAUGGAUCCCCAGAGCGUCCUGUGCCCGCAGAAGCAGUCGACAUCCGAGUUCAACGGCGGCAGAUCAAGGCUUGGGCGGAUCAGCAGAAACGAGAAAACUGUCUCGAGGGGAAAUUAAAGCUCUACUUUCGGGAAAUCGAGAUAUUGACCUCGAUUAGUCACCCGAACAUCAUAGGUGUUGAGAAGGUCUAUGUGACACAAAACACGAUAUACAUGAUGCAAACCCUUGUCACUGCCGGCGACUUGUUUUCCUAUAUCGAGUCCAAGAAUGGGUCAUUGCUCGAAGUCGAAGCAGCAGUCAUUAUCCGACAAAUCCUGAUCGCAUUGGCCUUUCUGCACGAGAACAAUAUCGUCCACAGGGACAUCAAACCGGAGAACAUUCUUAUGACGAGCCUUGCCACCGGCAGUCGAGUCGUGCUCACGGAUUUUGGAGCUGCUCGUCGCAUAGCCAACCCUCGAUCUCGCAUGCAAACAGCCCUGGGUACCCGAGAAUAUGCUGCUCCCGAACAAUCACACAACGGAAAGAAUGGAAGAGCUGGAUACACCAGAGCCGUAGACAUGUGGUCGGUUGGCUGUGUUACAGUUGUUCUCCUCACAGGCGGAAUGGCCUUCUCCGACCCUAUCACAAACUCAUAUUCCGAGUCCCUCGCUGCUGACUGUAACCUGAAGUCUCUACAAGAAACACCUGAGUGGGAGAAAAUCAGAGAGAGACCGAAAGAUUUCAUCAGUCAAUUGCUUGUGCUCGAUGAAGCAGCAAGACCUUCUGCUGAAGAAGCCUUGAAACACUCAUGGUUUUCCAAUGAAUUACAUCGAACUGAUUUCGAAGAAUUGUACCAAAGGACGAUCAAGCAUUGGAAUCCGCGUGUACCAAAGUCUCCAUCGAUCGAUUUCAAAGGAGGUGGCAAUUGUUACAAGUACAUGUCAAGCUCGUCAGACCCGCGCGACUUCAGCAAGAGAUGGCUCUAG